AUGACGCUGGACUCCGCGGAGUCCAGUCGGGGAAGGAACACCCGUGCAGUCACCAUGCAUCUCGCCGUCCUUCUCGGUCUUUUCGCAUCGAGUGCUUUGGCCCAGCUCCCGUGUCCGAUCCCGCCAGCUUACGGCAGACCCACCGCACAAUGCCCAAAUGAUUGGGAAAAAGUGGGAAACGUCUGCUACUGGUACCCGCUGGAGGUGAGGAACUGGGCCGAUGCAGAAGAUCUUUGCCAGCAGAGGGGAGGACAUCUCUUGAGCAUCAACUCCGCUGCAGAACUCAACACCGUCAUGAACAGGUACUUCGACGACAUCUGGAUCGGCCUGAACUCACUGGCGUCCGGAGGCAGCACCUUCGAAUGGAGCGAUGGCUCCCCGGUCGAUUUCACCAACUGGAACGAGGGAGAGCCGAAUUCACCCGAGGAAAUGUGCACGGAGAUGAUGCACUGGACCGACAAUCCCAGUUCGCAUGGGAAAUGGCUCGAUAACUUCUGCAACUUGGAACGACGAGUAGUCUGCAAGCUUGACCUAGGGGGUCUCUCCCUUACGUUGUCGUACUGCCAGACGCUUACCUUGCCUCGGCGGACAUUGGACUUCGGAGGGAGACUGAUGCCGAUGCACAAGCUGUCGCCGGCCACGGACACGGAGAACGGCUUCCGAUACAGACUCACGAGGGCCAACGAUUUCACGGCAUACGGCAGCGACAUCCAGAAUCUCAUCUUCCAAGUCACUUAUUACGACGAUCGGCAUCUACGUUUCACGAUCCGGGAUGCAGACAGAGAUCGCUACGAGGUGCCAGUCCCUCUGAAUCACGAUAUCCAAACCCGCUUCGAUCUGACUUACGCAGUGGACAUGGGAGAUGACUCCAUCGGGAGCCCCUUCCACUUUUCCAUCCGAAGGCAGGACACCGGUACCGUCGUCUUCGACACUUCGCCAGGUGGGCUGAUUUACGAGGACCAAUUCCUCCAGAUCGUUACCGAACUCCCUUCUGAAGAUCUUUAUGGAUUUGGGGAAAACGGGGACAAGAAUGUAUACGGCGUCCAUCCAUUCUACGAGGUGAUGGAAGACAGUGCGGGCAACACCCACGGCGUUUUCCUCCUAAACAGCAACGCGAUGGAAUACGAGACGCAGCGGCUGAAUGGAGACCCGAUUUUGACCCUUAGAUCCAUCGGGGGCAUUCUCGACUUCCACUUUUUCCUCGGUCCCUCCCCGGCUGACGUCAGUCGACAAUACACUCAACUGAUCGGUCGCCCGUUCCUGCCACCCUACUGGUCUCUGGGAUUCCAACUCAGUCGGUGGGGUUUCCGCACGUUGGAUGACUUGAAGGCUGCCGUGGGGAGGACACAAAACGCCAACAUCCCCCUAGACAUCGUAUACGCGGACAUUGACUACAUGAUCGAAAGGAAGAUCUUCACGUGGGACCCAGUCAGGUGGGCCGGAUUCCCCGAGUACGUCCGCGAGUUGAGGAGUCAGGGAAUCCGUUUUGUCAUCAUCUUGGACCCUGCCAUAGUAUUUGACUUCACGAAUAACUACCCCCCGGCGUUGAGAGGACAGCAAGCAGACGCGUUCAUCAAAUGGUACAACGAAUCCUACAUCCCCAGCGAUCAAGAGUCGCACGCCGGGGAAUACAUGGUCGGAUACGUCUGGCCGUCGGAUAAAACCGUCUUCCCCGACUUCUUCAAGUCUUCUACCAAAGAAUGGUGGAAAGACGAGAUCAGGCGCUUCCACGAGGAAAUCGAGUUCGCCGCGCUCUGGAUCGACAUGAACGAACCGUCCAAUUUCGGGACGAACGAAGAGAAGCCGCAUAAUUGGCCGGAGGGAGUUCCCCCCUGGAGCCUGAAAUGCAGAGAUAGGAGAUGGGACAACCCGCCAUACAAGACCAAGACGAUUUACGCUGGAGAAAACAAAAGUGGCACCUUCACGGACAAGACCAUCUGCAUGACUGGGAAGCAGAUCGACGAUACAAAUCCAGGCGAUGUGAAGGAAUACCUCACAUACGACACGCACUCCCUCUAUGGUUGGAGCCAAGGACUCCCAACUCUCUUGGCAGCGAGGGAGGUGACGGGGACGAGAAGCAUGGUCUUCUCCAGGUCUACCUACCCCACUGUAGGUCAAUGGAUCGGACAUUGGUUUGGAGAUAAUAUCUCGAGAUGGGUGGAUCUUCAUCGCUCCAUCAUCGCCAUGUUCGAGUUCAACAUGUUCGGCCUUCCGUACGGAGGAUCGGACAUCUGUGGCUUCCUCGACAACACGACAGAGGACCUCUGCAUCCGGUGGAUGCAACUCGGAGCCUUCUACCCGUUCUCCAGGAAUCACAACGCCGAGGGACAUAUCGACCAGGAUCCUGGGAUGUGGCCGACAGUGGCAGAAGCGAGCAGGAUUGCGCUCGGCGCCAGGUAUCGUGUACUGCCAUAUCUAUAUACCCUGUUCUAUCACGCGAACACGGUGGGUGACACAGUGGUGCGACCCCUGUUGAUGGAGUUCCCGACUGACGUCACGGCAAGAGGCAUCGAUACCCAGUUCCUGUGGGGAUCCCAUCUCCUCCUCUCCCCUAUCCUCACCCUCGAAUCUUUCAACUCCCGGAGUGCCUACUUCCCUCAAGGUCUUUGGUAUAAGUACUGGUCCAGAGAAGUGGAGUUCACGGGGCCGUUGACGACGAACUUGAAUGUCCCUGACAUGGAGAUCCCGAUCCAUGUCCGCGGAGGGGCCAUUCUUCCUACGCAAGUUUCUGGAAUCAACACUGACGAAAGUCGACAGAACCCAUUUGGUCUGAUAGUGGCACUAGAUGAGAGCAGCCAGGCGUCAGGGAACCUCUUCUGGGAUGACGGGGAAUCCAUCGACACCGUCGGGACAGGGGAUUAUUUCUAUGCCACCUUCUCAUUUGAUACAGUGAGCCUUAACGGGUUUUCUCUUUGUGAUUCGAGGAGGAGAAGGGAUGAAAAUGCGGGGUGCUUUUUUCUCGUCACCUAG